AUAUAUUAAUUACUGGUUAUUCUACUUAAAUCCACAAUUUCCAAAAAUGGCCCGUAAUGCUGAGAAGGCAAUGACGACGUUGGCGCGCUGGCGGGCCGCGCAGGUGCAAGAGACGGGCGGGCAGCGCGAGCGCCGGCCCUACCUCGCCUCAGAGUGUACCGAUUUGCCACAAGCCGAGAAGUGGCGUCUGCAGAUCGUCCGCGAGAUCGCUAAGAAGGUUGCGCAGAUACAGAACGCUGGUCUAGGCGAGUUCCGCAUCCGCGACCUGAACGACGAGAUCAACAAGUUGAUGCGCGAGAAGCGACACUGGGAGAUCCAGAUCAAGUCCCUCGGCGGGCCCGACCAUGCCCGCGUGGGGCCGCGGAUGCUCGACCAGGACGGGCGCGAGGUGCCUGGCAACCGCGGCUACAAAUAUUUCGGGGCCGCUAAGGAUCUGCCAGGCGUGAGAGAGCUGUUCGAGCAAGAGCCGCCGCCGCCGCCGCGGCGCACGCGCGCCGAUCUCAUGCGAGACGUCGACGCAGACUAUUACGGCUACCGGGAUGACGACGACGGGCUUUUGAUCCCACUCGAGCGGGAGGCAGAGAAGGAAGCGAUAGCGCGAGCCGUCGACGAGUGGAAGAGAAACAAAGAGGAAAACAAGGACCAGGACGUGGCUGAAGAAGAAAACAUUUAUCCAGAGGAUCCCGAUGACAAACGAGUGGACGAUGAUGAUGCUGAACCACAAAUCAUCACCUCGCACGUGGCCGUGCCCUCGCAGAAAGACAUCGAGGAAGCGCUGCUCCGGAAGAAGAAGCAGGAACUUCUAGAACGAUACGGCUGCCUCGACGUCAAAAUGGAACAGAGCUGACAAACACUACCCUAAUAUUUCUUUUUAAUUAUUUUAAGUGUAAUUGUGGAUGAAAACGAGAGGACUGAAAGAAAUAAAACAAACUUAAUUCCAUAA